UCUGCGAACAAGUACAACGUUCUUGACAUUGAAUUACGAAAUGAAAAUGGAGUUGGGAAAUAUUGAGGAACGAAAAAUAAAGUGGAAGCUCUUUGAUGGUUGUUACGUAACGAAUAGAAUCAUUAUGUCAAAUUGGAUCAGGUAAACAAGAUUCGUGUUCGUACGUGCUAUGAUACAAUGAUCCUAAAAAGAAAUAGAGAGGAAUGGAUACUAAAACUUUGUCGAAGAUUUCAUUUACAUUUCUCGUAAUAGUUGUAGCGACGUCAGGACAAUCAAUAUGUCCAUCUCCAGAAACUAUACUUCCGUGUAUUUGCACUAAUCGAAAUGAGGAUAUCCAAAUAUGGUGUACGCACAGCGACUUAUCGCAAGUUUCAAAAGGUCUCCAAAGAAUAGGAGAGUCUAUUGGGAAACCUAUAGAUGAGCUCAUUAUAGAAAAUAAUUACCUUCCUUCUAUACCUGGUAAAAUAUUUCAACAUGUGCAAGUUCUGAGACUUAUGCUGCGGUACAAUGGAUUAGAACGAUUAUCGGCUGCGUGGUUAGAAACACAAGAGAAAAAUUUAGUUGAAAUUUUCAUUGUUGAAAAUGAAUUAAGGAAUUUUCCUGCAGACAGCUUAUUAAAGCUCCAAAAUCUUCAGGCGAUAACUAUACAAUCACAAAGUUUGAAGCGGAUACCGAUAUUCAAAAAUUUGCAGAAACUGCGAUAUAUUAGUGUACAGUCUGAAAAUUUGCACGCAAUUAAUGAAAAUACAUUUGAGAACUUACCAAAUUUAGACAAGCUCUUCAUACAAGGCAGUCCACUUCUUCGCAUUGUAAAAGAAAAUGCAUUUUAUAACUUACCAAAACUUCGGAGAUUAGAAAUCACAAAUUGUGGAAUUAAUAUUAUACACAUGAGGGCGUUUUCCUUAAUACCGUCUUUAAGUGAACUAUCCCUAAGCAACAACAUGAUCUUAGACGCCACAAUGGUUGGUAGAGCUACAAGAGAUAUUUCUACGCUAUCACACUUGAACUUAAAUCACAAUAUAAUCGAUAAAUUGAACGAGGGUGCUUUUGUGGACCAACCCAUGCUGGAGAGCCUAUUUCUGGCAAAUAAUAACAUAAGCAUCAUACAUCAUGGAGCAUUCCACAGAGUGCCGAAACUGAGGAUAGUUGAUUUAAAUUACAAUAAAAUUAGACAAAUCCAUCCUGAAUCAUUCUUACAACAUUCAGGCAGUGGCGUCGAAGAAUUAACACUCAUUGGUAAUGAAAUCAGACAUAUAUCUGAAUUUCGUGCGUUGCUCGACGCGUUACCGAGAUUAAAAUUUCUCGAUUUAAGUGACAACCUUCUUCAGGAAAUACCUAGGGGUGCACUAAGAGGUCACCCGAGUUUGGAAAGAUUGCAUUUAAACAAGAAUAGCAUCAAAUUUAUACAAACCGAUUCAUUCGUGGCAAUGCCCUCUCUACGAGAAUUACAUUUGAGCAACAAUACUUUAUCCGAUGUUAAUGAAGGCCCAUUUUGGGAUUUACCUGCACUCAAAGGAUUGGACUUGUCAUAUAAUUAUUUUCAACGUCUACAGCCAAAACUAUUGUACAACUUACCUGCUUUGCGUCGCAUAAACUUUAGCCAUAAUCAAUUAAAAGUAGUCGACCCAAUAACAUUUCUAGAAAUACCGCUAGUUGAAUACGUCAAUAUAUCAGGAAACGCACUGGUAUCUUUGCAUCCUGCAACAUUUAGGAAUCUCGAAAAUCUUUAUGAAUUAGAUGCGAGUUUCAAUAAGCUUAUAGAAUUUGUUCCGGGACUGCCAAGAGGGCUGGAACAGCUAUACUUGCAGAGAAAUCAAAUCACUAGUUUGCCCGUUACACCUUCGCCUGAUCUAGAUUUACCGUCACUAAGAUCCCUUGACAUUUCGAAUAACGGCAUCCAAAAAAUUCCUUUCGGUAGUUUGAAGACGCUUCAUAAUCUAAGAAGACUGUAUAUGGAAAGAAACGGUUUAAGGCAAAUUGAUACAUCGACAUUUAGUGACCUGGAAAGAUUAGAGAUAUUGGAUUUGAGUGAAAAUCAAAUUAUGACUAUUCAUCCGAAAAGUUUUAGUAAGCUUAUUUAUCUAAAACAAGUGAACUUACAUGGAAAUACGGUUGAGAAUUUUGAUUUCAUGACUGUUCAAGAAAAUGAGAAGUUAUCUUUAUUAGACUUAAGCAAAAACAAAUUGAAUACUCUCAGUCCCAGUAUACUGAACAGAGCACUUGACAUAGAGACUUUAAAUAUUUCGUCGAACAGUUUGAACGAAUUACCAUCUACCCUCAAUCUACUGUCAAAACUGAAAAUAUUGGACGGCAGCAAUAAUCACAUAAAAAAAUUCGCUGGCAAUACUAUUAACAACUUACAAACACUAAUUAAUAUUAGACUACCGAACAAUAAAAUUCAUGAAUUACGUUCUGCCAGUUUUAAAGGUCUAAGAGAUUUAGAAACCAUUGAUUUAGACAAUAACAAUAUUGAAGUUAUGCAUCAAAAAGCCAUUAGCGACUUACCUAAAUUAGUAUCGAUAUACCUUGGAAGAAACCAUGUUAUCGAUUUGCCAGAUUUAGUAUUCUCCAACCUGCCGAAAUUAAGAGUCAUAGAAUUACAAGGAAAUCGUUUGCAACAUAUUUCUACCAGGGCCUUUGACAAUGUUCCUUUGGUACAAUACCUCAAUUUAAGUAAUAACCAAAUAACGAAGAUUGAUGGUUCAGGAUUGAAGCUGUUGACGUCAUUGGAAGUACUCGAUUUGAGUUUUAAUAAAUUGACAGGAAUAACGAGGUCGUCGUUUCAAUACAUGGAAUGGCUGGUUGAACUCAAUUUAGAUAACAACUUGAUAUGCCACAUUAGCGACCAACCGUUCGAUUUAAUGCCUCGCCUAAAAGUACUUUCGUUACGCCACAAUAAACUACGAGCCGUGUCUGAAACGCCUUUUGAGAAGCUAAGGAAUAACAUUGCUAUUUUAGAUUUCGAUGGUAAUCCCUUGAUUUGCAACUGUGCAAUCAUUUGGCUCAAGUCCUGGCUUUUAGAAUCGUCAUCGGUGGGCCCGAAAUGUGCUGAUGGAACUUACGUAAAGGGAAUGCCAUUUACUCAUAGUGAUUGUUUUAAUAUUCAUGUAUCAGAAGACGAAUCAAAAUUAUGUUUUACCCAUGAAAAUGAAGCAUUGCUACCAAAUCUGGCUACAUCACAAGUAUUUUCGUCUCUAGAUAAAAUCAAAGAUUAUGCAAGUGAGAUAAAAAAUGAUUAUCACCCUAAUAAAGUUCAUAGUAGACCACUGCCAGAAGAAUCUGAUUAUUUUUACGAUGAUUAUAUUGAUUAUCCAUAUAAUGAUACUAUAUUGAGUGGUAUUAAUAAUGCAAUUACCGAGUUGAAUGGAAAUAGAUCUAAGGAGAACCUUGGCAUGACACCGACGCUUUAUGCUGAAAUGAAGAAUACUUCAAGUACUAAGCCAAACCUGACCACAAAUGAACCAAGCAGCAGUUUCACAUUUUUCGGUAUGCCUCUACCACCAAUAGAUAUGAACAAAUUACUGAAUUCUGGACGUAAAAUAGAUUGGCCGCAAAAAAGGAUCCCGUAUCAUGGCAACAACUACCAAACGUCAGAACCACCAAAAUUUGAAACCGGCGGUUUCAGUCCCAUGCUUCCUUCAACUGCUGGAGGCUUCAUGCCCAUUCCUGGUCCUACGGUUAAUUUAUCCCACACUAUAUCAAACACCCAAAGUAACGUAAAAUAUAACAAAAAGGCAGAAAUAGAAAAAUCUAUUAUUGCAGUGGCGACGCGGCCGCCAUUGACAAUUUUGAAAAAUAACACCGUUCAUCAAAAAAUGAAAAGUGAAAUUCACGAAAUCCAAGCCUAUUUAGACGAUCAUAACAGAACUCAAAUAGCUUAUAAUAGAACAAAAAACGUGGAAGAAGAGAAAACUGCACCAAACAAUCUUAGUAAGUACAACUUAAUGGAGUCUAAUUUAACAUUAACUCAAGUUACGGAGAAAGAAAGCUUGUUAAUUACCACAGAUACAAGCAAUGAUAUGUCACUUCAAGCGUGGAUGGAAAGCAGUACUAUGUCUUAUUCAUCUACACUAAAAUCACCAAUGCGAAAGCACAUUGAAAAACAACCUACAGCAUUAUCAGCUGUUCUGAUCCCAAAUAAUUUGGAACUGAUGCGUAACCACAGUAAGAGGCCAGCAAUUAUUACUAAAGUUAAUAUGCCGCAUUUAGAACAACAUUCUACCUUAUAUAAUUACUCCCCAAUAACAAAUCGGGAAGGGAAAACAAGGUUUUCAGAAAUCACGAACACCGUUAAUACAAAAAAGCAACAGAUUGACGAGAAUGAUUGGUACUACCAAAAUUACAAUAAAACAGACGUAGACCCAUAUAUAGCACCCGGGAUACAUGCAUCAAAGUGUACUUUAGUAGAAUUUAAUAAUUAUUUAAAGAUUGUAACUCUAUUAGUUGUAGUAAUAAUUUAAUUUCAUUUGAAAAUAAGCAUACUAGUAUUUGUGACACGUGCGUUCAGAUUAAUUUUAAAAAAGUAG